AUGCUCGCGGUUCAAAUCCAGGCCCUGCCAGUUGCUGGCGGUGUUACCCGGGACGGGGCACUUGCCUCUCCCGACAGCUAUAUUGUGACCAUGUUCAACUCAAAUUGUGGGGCCGUGUGGAAGAUGGACGAUAUCCUCACUUCCUGCCUCAGAGGCCUCAGAGGGCUCAACUUAGAGGACCAAGGGUUCACAGUGAGACUAAGCGGCUCCGGCUCGCGGUGCCAGGGCCAUCUGGAGGUCAACUACAAGGACGAGUGGUACACGGUGCACAGCCAGAGUUGGGGCCUGCGCCCGUUCCACCGGGAGGACCCCGGUCAGGCCUGGAAGCUCUGCCAGGAGCUGCGAUGCAGGGAGCCCUUGCUCCUCUCCCACUUCCAGCACUUCAAAGGCGAGCGACCCCAGAGCCAGAUCACCUGCCGCGGACAACUGGGGUCCUUCUCCAACUGCAGCGACAGCAAGGCAAACCAGGGGGCCCCUCUGGCCCUGAUCUGCUUAGAGCCACUGAGGACAACACCUCUUCCCACGAGCCCCCUGCCCAUGACCACUCCGGAGCCCACAGCUCCUCCCAGGCUGCAGCUGGUGGCGAGACCGGGGGGCCUGCGGUGUGCAGGCCUGGUGGAGUUCUACAGCGGCAGCCUGGGCGGCACCGUCGGCAUCGAGUCCCAGGAGGGGAUCCAGGACCUGGGGAACCUCAUCUGUGCAGCCCUCCAGUGUGGCUCUUUCCUGAAGCCUCUGCCAGAGACCGAGGCAGCCAGGACACUAGAGCCAGGAGAGAGCGGUCCCUUGCCAAUCCGGUGGAAGAUCCAGAACAGAAGAUGUGCCUCGCUAGAGCAGUGCUUCAGAAAAGUUCAGCCACAGGCGGGAGGCCGGGCUCUUGGCCUCAUCUGUUCUGAUUUCCAGCCCAAGGUGCAGAGCCGCCUAGUGGGGGGCACUGGCACGUGUGACGGCUCCGUGGAGGUGCGCCAGGGCAAGCAGUGGGACGCCCUGUGCGACAGCUCCUCGGCCAAGGGCGUGGCGAUGUGGGAGGACGUGUGUUGGGAGCAGCAGUGCGGCAACGUCAGCUCCUUCCAGCUGCUGGACACCGGCGAGAAGACCUCCGGGGGGUUCUUCUGUCCGCCGGGGAAGCUGUCCCAGUGCCACCAGCUUCUGCAGAAAAAGUCCCACUGCAAGAGAGUGUUUGUCACCU